AUGUCGACCCUCCCCUACGACGAGCCCUACCCGGGUUGGGCGCAGGAAAACAAAGGGCCCACGAUCCUGAUAGUGAUGACGAUCCUCACCACUGUAGGGACUUUGUUUGCAGCGGCGCGCCUAUACAGCCGGCGAAUUUCGCUGGGCAGGUUUGCCAUUGACGACUGUAUUGUUGUUCUGUGCACCAUGAUCGGCAUGGCCUACGUUGCGCUCGUUGGCGUCGCCAUAUCGUAUGGCGCCGGCAGGCAUGCGGUGACGCUGCAUCGUGAGAAGGCGAACAGGGCAAUGUUUUGGAUGCUGGUCUCGUUUGUGCCGGGCAUACUGUCGUUUGUUCUGCCAAAGUUCGCCGUCGUCAUCCUGCUCGCCAGAGUCCUCAAUCCCGGCCGGCGGCACACACUGGUCAUGUGGAUCGUGUCAACUCUGCUCCUGCUGCUUACCGUCGGCUUGCUCGCCAUCACCUUUGCGCAGUGCUCGCCGCCGGCGGCUCAAUGGGGCGCCCCGGGGAGAUGUUGGGACCGCAUGAUCACGGCAAAAAUCGCCAUAACGCAUGCCAUUUACUCGGCAGUCUUCGACUUCUACCUCGCUGUCUACCCGACUAUCGUCUUGUCCAGGCUGCAGCUUAACUGGAAAAAGAAGCUGGCCUUGUCUUCGGCGCUGGGCUUUGGGUACUUUGCCGGCGCCAUCAGCUGUUACAAGUGCUCCCUAUUAAAGAGCCUUAUAUCACCCGAGGAUUUUACAUACCGGACCGACGACGUCGUGUACUGGACUAGCAUCGAAGGCAACUGCGUGCUCAUCGGAGCCUGCAUCCCGACCCUCUUUCCCCUCGUCAAGAAGAUAUUUGGCGCCUCGGCCCUCGGUGACAGCACGCCAAAUGAAGGAGGACGGGGGCAAAGGAGGACUGGCAGGAACAACAGCAACACGGUGGUGACAAUAGGGUCGUAUCCCAGGAGGACAAAGCACCCGAGGACGGUGAUGCACCUGGAUUUCCUCAAUGAUGAGGGCGAAUACAUUACGCUGGAGACGAUCAAUUGCAGCACCAGUGAGCUGAGGGGGGAAAAACUGGCGCCUGUUGUCUAUCACCAGCGUGAGCGGGCAUCGACGUACACUGGUGAGCCCGGGUGGUGAUUGUGAUGGUG